GAGGGAUCCUAUGGAUUAAGCCGCUGGGUAUUUGCUCAGUUCCCCUCCCUCUGUGGCGGCGGCGGCGGGAUCGGGCCCGGGGCGGAGCCGCUUCACUCACUGGCGGUCGGAGCGCGGCUUCCAGCAGCCUUUAGGUAGAAGGUGUGAGGAGAGUGGGAACAAUCAACACCAUGAACGGAGCCUCGGUGAUUUCCACCUCUGUCCAGACCAUCACCAUCAAGGAAGAGGCCGAUUUAUGGAGUAAAGAGGAUCUGCUGUGUUUAUUGGAUCGGAUAAAGAGCCUGAUCCCGGAGGGGGACUGCAUGAAGUACAAAACCACCGAGUCACACUUCAACUGGGAGAAAGUGGCAUUCGGACCGUUCACUGGGGAAAUGUGCCGCCUUAAAUGGCUGAAAGUGGCCUGUGAGAUCAGAAAAUAUCGCACUCUGACCGAGCUGAUCACAGACGCUGUGGAGUUUGUGAAAAACCCAUACAAGGGCAAGAAACUGAAGACUCAUCCUGAUUUUCCGAAGAAACCACUGACUCCGUACUUCCGAUUCUUCAUGGAGAAACGAGCCAAAUAUGCCAAGAUUCACCCGGAAAUGAGUAACCUGGACCUGACUAAAAUCCUCUCCAAGAAAUACAAGGAACUGCCAGAGAAAAAAAAGCUCAAGUACAUUCAGGACUUCCAGCAGGAGAGGGGCAGUUUUGGACAGGCGAUGGCCAAGUUCAGGAAUGAACACCCUGAUCUCAUAGAAGAGCAGAGAAAAUCAGAUAUUCCCGAAAAGCCAAAGACACCCCAGCAGCUCUGGUAUAAUCAUGAGAAGAAGGCGUUCCUAAAGAUUCACCCUGAGGUGAGUCUGAAGGAGCUAAAAGAUGCCCUUCGCAGACAGUGGUCUCAGCUGUCCGAUAAAAAGCGUAUCAAGUGGAUCAGCAAAGCCCUGGAGCUGCAGAAAGAGUACGAGGCAUCUAUGAGAGUUUAUGUCGAGGCUCACCCAGAUUUGAACUUUGAAGAAGCUCCCAGGUCUGUGCUAACCAAAGCUGAGAGACAGUUGAAAGAUAAAUUCGAUGGACGACCCACAAAGCCACCUCCGAAUGGUUACUCGUUGUACUGUGCAGAGUUGAUGGUUAACAUGAAGGACAUCCCCAGCACAGAGCGCAUGGUGUUGUGCAGCAAACAGUGGAAGGUCAUGUCACAGAAAGAGAAGGACACAUAUCAGAAACGCUGUGAAAAGAAGAAGAAACUUUACGAGUCUGAGAUGCAGCGAUUCCUCGAGAGUCUCCCGGAUGAAGAGCGGGAAAGGGUGUUACUGGAGGAGAGAGUUGGAGGCAGCAAAAUCAUGAACAACAUCACAACAAACACACAGAAGAACGGCACCCAGCGGACAAAACCUGGCAGCCCCACCUCGCCAGCCUCACCAACCAGCAAGAGCGUUCCCGAGAGACCACAGCAGCCCAUCUCCGCCAUGUUCCUCUUCUUCCAGGAGAAAAGAAAGGACAAUCGGAAUCUAACAGAGAGUGAGCUGACCCGCCAGCUGGCCAGGAUGUGGAACGAGUUGUCAGAGAGGAAGAGGGAAAAGUACAAGAAAAUGGAAAGAGCCUUGAAGGCAGAAUACGAGCAAAAGAUGCAGAACUUCCUGAAGGAGAAGAAGGAUGGUGGAGCUACAAGGAAAGGGAAGUGGCCUGAGAGUCCCAAAACUGCAGAGAAGAUGUGGGAGCAAACAGUGAUCGGUGAUUACACGGCAAAACACCGGAAUGACCAUAAGAAAGCGCAGUCAGCAAUGGAGGCUGCCUGGAAGACUAUGGAGAGGAAGGAGAAGAUUCCCUGGAUUAAGAAGGCAGCCGACGACCAGAGGAGAUAUGAGCGGGAGCUCACGGAGAGUCGCUGGUCUCUGACCUCAGCACACAACUCCAAGAAGCUGAAAUUUGAUGGCGAGCCAAAGAAACCACCAAUGAGUGGUUACCAGAUGUUCUCCCAGGAGUUGCUGACCAGUGGAGAGCUCAACCACUUUGGACUGAAGGAGAGGAUGGUGGAGAUCGGGAAGAGGUGGCAAAAACAGAGCCAGACCCAGAAGGAUGUCUACAAGAAGCUCGUAGAGGAGCAGCAGCAGGAAUACAAGAUGGACCUGGAAGCCUGGCUCAAAUCUCUGUCUCCACAAGAACAAACUGUGUACAAGGAAUAUAUGACCGCAAAACGUAAAGGUCCAGGAAAGCCUGGGGGGUCUGCAGCCAAAAUGAGAGCAACAUCACACCUCACAUCGGAAUCGUCUGAAGAGGAUGAUGAGGACGAGGAUGAUGAUGAGGAAGAUGCAGAGGGGAGUGACUCAUCCGAUUCUGAUGAUGAAGCAGACGACUCCUCAGCCUCAUCUGAUAGCAGAAUGAACACUGAUGAAGAGGAAGAUGGAGAAAAUGAUGAUGAUGACGAUGAUGAUGACGAUGAUGAUGAGAACCAGUCCAAUGCCAGCACUACCUCCUCUUCCUCCUCCUCCUCACAAGAUGAUGAUUCAGAUUCUGAUUCUGAUUGAGCUGUUUCUCCAGUUCUCCGAGGCCAGCGAUUGUGGAGUGUCAGUGGGAGUGAUGGAGAGGCCCCUUAGUCGGGAGUCCAACUACUUUAAUAUUACAGUGGAAGCUGAAUGAUUGGCAGCAUUUGGGUGGUGGGUAGCCUGCUCUUCUGUACCUACCCCCCCACCCCGUGCAUGGACUGCACCAUUGCACUGUUACAGUCAUAGACACAGCUUUCCUGUUCCUUCCCUUUCCCCAUUCCAACACUUCAGAUUGGAAUCUCUGCUCCAGCACAAGCUCUCUCAGAUCUGCUGUAAAUACACUUCUGUUUGUUGAUGCAAUCUCAGCAGCUCAGCAUUUUAUAUCUAGCAGUAGAAAGUGACCAGUCGAAACAUUUGCUUUCUGUUUUUUAAUUAUUUUAUAUUCACGUCCCGUCAAUCACUGAAAUUUCUGGCUUUCUGUCUCUGACACAUGUUUGCUCCCUUCCUUGGUUACUAGGCUGUCUUGGAGCCAAUCACAGCUCCUCAGAGACAGUGUCUGAAAAUGGGGCAUAAAACCCACUAAGCCCCCAUCGGAACAGCAGAAUCACAAUCAGCUCUAACCCUUUUCCCAGGCUCCACCUUCUGUUUCCCAAAUGGUCAUUGGCUGGUGUUUCCAACACUCCCUGCCCUCAGAUUCCAGUUUGAGGCCUCUUGAGCCGCUGCAGUCCAUGUGGUGUAGGUACACCCACAGUGCUGUUAGGGAGGGAGUUCCAGGAUUUUGUCCAUGUGGUGUAGGUACACCCACAGUGCUGUUAGGGAGGGAGUUCCAGGAUU